GGCUGUGGAAUUAGCUAUGUGCUGAUAGCGGCAGCAGCAGCAGCAGGGGAGGAGGAGGAGGAGGAGGCUGAGGCUGAGGAGGAGCGGCCGGCGCGGAGCUGCGAGCCCACGGCGGAGGCUGCCACAGUCCGAGCGCGCGGGCUCCCGAACAGCCAUGGCUGACGGCGGGGAAGGAGAGGAUGAGAUCCAGUUCCUGCGGACGGAUGAUGAGGUAGUGUUGCAGUGUGUGGCCUGCAUCCAGAAGGAGAAUCGCAAGUUCUGCCUGUCUGCUGAAGGACUCGGCAAUCGGCUUUGCUACCUGGAGCCGACCUCGGAGGCCAAGUAUGUUCCUCCAGACCUCUGCAUCUGUAACUUUGUGCUGGAGCAGUCGCUCUCAGUCCGGGCGCUGCAGGAGAUGCUGGCCAAGACCGGGCAAAAUAAUGACGCAGCUCACGGAGGCGGACACAGAACGCUGCUGUACGGACACGCCAUCCUCCUCCGACACUCCUUCAGUGGAAUGUACCUGACCUGCUUAAAAACCUCCAGAUCUCUGACAGAUAAAUUAUCUUUCGAUGUGGGGCUUCAGGAAGACUCAACAGGUGAGGCCUGUUGGUGGACAAUUCACCCGGCCUCUAAGCAGAGAUCAGAGGGGGAGAAGGUUCGGAUUGGUGAUGAUCUCAUUCUCGUCAGCGUAUCAUCUGAACGCUAUCUUCACCUCUCCAUCUCCAACGGCAACAUCCAGGUGGAUGCAUCCUUCAUGCAGACGUUGUGGAACGUCCACCCCACCUGUUCAGGCAGCAGCGUGGAAGAAGGGUAUCUCCUUGGUGGUCAUGUGAUGCGUUUGUUCCAUGGUCAUGAUGAGGUUCUGACCAUUCCAGGCUCAGAUCAGAGUGAAGAGGAGCAGAGAAUAGUCAACUAUGAGACUGGUAAAGUAGGAGCCAAGGCCAGGUCACUAUGGAGAUUAGAGCCUCUUCGGAUCAGUUGGUGUGGCAGUCAUAUCCGCUGGGGUCAGCCGUUCCGUCUGCGUCAUCUCACCACCGGUCACUACCUGGCACUGACGGACGACAGAGGACUGGUGCUGCAGGACCGAGAGAAAUCAGACACCAACUCCACAGCCUUCUGCUUCAGAGCCUCCAAGGAAAAGCUGGAGUCCAGUCCGAAGCGUGAUAUUGAGGGGAUGGGGGUGGCGGAGAUUAAGUACGGGGACUCGCUCUGCUUCGUCAUGCACACAGCCACGGGCCUGUGGCUCUCCUACCAGGCUCCGGACGUGAAAUCAACCCGUUUGGGGCCUCUCAAGAGACGAGCAUGCCUGCACUCAGAAGGACAUAUGGACGAUGGUUUUACCCUCCAGCGCUGUCAGCAUGAAGAGUCGCGGGCUUCCCGCAUCAUCCGUAACACCACCAGACUCUUCAGCCACUUCAUCAGAGACCUGGACAGUCUGGCCGGUAAAAAACGCGUGGCCGUGCUUCUGCCCAUCGAGGAGGUCCUCCAGACCCUCAAUGACCUCAUCACGUAUUUCCAGCUUCCUGACGCCGAGCUGGAGCACGAGGAGAAACAGAUCAAGCUGCGUUCCCUCAAGAACCGCCAGAACCUCUUUAAGCAGGAGGGGAUGCUGACUCUGGUGUCUAACUGCAUCGAUCGCUUGAGUGUGUACAACAGCGCCGCACACUUUGGAGAGUGUGCAGGAGAAGAGGCGGGAGCCGCCUGGAAAGACAUCCUCAACCUGCUGUACGAGCUGCUGGCUGCCUUGAUACGGGGAAAUAGGAACAAUUGCACACAGUUCUCCCAAAACCUGGACUGGCUGGUCAGUAAGCUGGAGAGAUUGGAGUCAUCCUCAGGGAUUCUGGAGGUCCUGCACUGCAUCCUAAUCGAGAGCCCGGAGGCUCUCAACAUCAUUCAGAGAGGACAUAUCAAGUCAAUCAUCUCUCUGCUGUACAAACACGGACGCAAUCACAAGAUCUUAGAUGUGCUUUGCUCUCUGUGUGUUUGUAAUGGAGUGGCUGUGAGAGCCAAUCAGAACCUCAUUUGUGAUCACCUGCUCCCAAAGCGAGACCUGCUACUCCAGACGCGUCUGGUCAAUGAUGUACAAAGCAUGAGACCCAACAUCUUUCUGGGUGUGAGGGAGGGCUCAGCUCAGUAUAAGAAGUGGUACUUUGAGCUGAUGAUCGACCAGGUGGAGCACUUCAUGACCAGCGAGCCGUCUCACCUGCGGGUCGGGUGGGCCUCCACCAAAGGCUACGCCCCCUACCCGGGGGGUGGAGAAGGCUGGGGUGGGAAUGGAGUUGGGGACGACCUCUACUCGUACGGCUUUGAUGGACUGCACUUGUGGUCAGGGCGAAUUCCGCGAACAGUAGCCUCAGUAAACCAGCACAUACUCACCUCAGAUGAUGUGGUCAGCUGCUGUUUGGACCUGGGUGUUCCCAGCAUCUCCUUCAGGAUUAAUGGUCAGCCUGUGCAGGGCAUGUUUGAAAACUUCAACACAGAUGGCCUCUUCUUCCCCGUGGUCAGCUUCUCUGCUGGGGUCAAGGUGCGCUUCCUUUUAGGCGGUCGCCAUGGAGACUUCAAGUUCCUGCCUCCGUCAGGUUACGCGCCAUGCUACGAGGCGCUGCUGCCCAAAGAGAAGAUGCGCGUUGAGCCGGUGAAAGAGUACAAGAGAGACGUGGACGGAGUGAGAGACCUGCUGGGAAACACACAGUUCCUUUCCCAGGCUUCAUUCAUACCCACACCAGUGGACACCUCUCAGAUCGUUAUGCCUCCUCACCUGGAGAAAGUGCGCGACAGGCUAGCUGAGAACAUCCAUGAGCUCUGGGCCAUGAACAAGAUUGAGCUCGGCUGGUCUUAUGGCAAGAUAAGAGAUGAUAAUAAAAGACAGCACCCCUGCCUGGUGGAUUUCUCCAAACUGCCUGAAACGGAGAAGAAUUACAACCUGCAGAUGUCGACUGAAACCUUGAAGACGCUGUUGGCUCUGGGUUGCCAUGUGGUUCAAUUCAAUGUAAACGCUGAGGAGGACCUGAAGAAAGUCAAACUCCCAAAGAACUACAUGAUGUCUAACGGUUAUAAACCCACUCCACUGGACCUGUCUGAAGUGAAACUGACCCCCGGUCAAGAGCUGUUGGUUGACAAGCUGUCUGAGAACGCCCACAACGUCUGGGCCAAAGAUCGGAUCAAACAAGGCUGGACUUACGGCAUUCAGCAGGAUCUGAAGAGCAAGCGCAAUCCUCGGUUAGUGCCAUAUGCUUUGCUGGAUGAGCGCACCAAGAAGUCAAACCGGGACAGCCUGCGUGAAGCCAUCCGCACGCUAAUCGGAUACGGCUACAACAUCGAGCCUCCGGACCAGGAGGGGGGUCUUGUAGUGGAGAGACUGAGCAUUGAUAAGAUCCGCUUCUUCCGCUUGGAGAGGACGUAUGCUGUGAAGACGGGGAAGUGGUAUUUCGAGUUCGAGGCGGUGACUGGGGGAGAUAUGAGGGUCGGCUGGGCUCGGCCUGGAGUUCGGCCUGAUGUGGAACUGGGAACUGAUGAUCAGGCCUACGUGUUUGAUGGCUAUAAAGGUCAUCGUCUUCACCAGGGCAGCCGUUUGUUUGGUCGUUGCUGGCACGCCGGGGACGUGGUGGGUUGCAUGAUCAAUAUGGAGGACAAGUCCAUGAUCUUCACCCUGAACGGAGAAAUCCUCAUCACAAACAAGGGCUCAGAGCUCUGCUUUGCUGACUUUGAGACUGACGAUGGCUUUAUUCCAGUCUGCAGCCUGGGGCUUUCUCAGGUCGGCCGUAUGAACCUCGGCAAGGACGCGAGCACCUUCAAGUACUACACCAUGUGUGGCCUUCAGGAAGGGUUCGAGCCCUUUGCCGUCAACAUGAACAGAGAGGUCACCACGUGGUUCAGCAAGCGCCUGCCUACCUUCGUCAACGUGCCCAGAGAUCACGGUCACAUUGCAGUCACGCGAAUCGAUGGCACUAUUGAUAGUCCUCCAUGUCUAAAAGCGACCCACAAGACCUUUGGGACGCAGAACAGUAAUGCUGACAUGGUGUUCUUCCGUCUGAGCAUGCCCGUGGAAUUCCACUCCACCUUCAAGUGCAACCCUACUAUCGACAUGAACGGAGUUCACGAAGAGGAGCCGCUCAAACUCAAGCACAGGCAUGUUGUUAAAUCUAUGAAGCACAUAGAGGACGGGAGGAGAACUGACUAUAGCAGUAUAACAACUUAUUAUCACUCAGUCCGGGUGUUUGCCGGUCAGGACCCGUCCUGCGUGUGGGUUGGAUGGGUCACUCCAGACUAUCAUUACUACAGCAGCUCCUUUAACCUGAGUAAGAUCCGCACCGUGACGGUGACGCUGGGGGAUGAACGAGGCCGGGUCCACGAGAGUGUGAAGAGGAGUAACUGUUACAUGGUUUGGGGAGGAGAUAUCAGCACCGCUGCUCACUCAUCCAGGAGGAGUAAUGUGGAUUUAGAGAUCGGCUGCCUGAUUGAUUUGUCCACUGGGAUGGUCACCUUCACUGUUAAUGGCAAAGAGCUUGCGACCUCAUACCAGGUGGAGCCCAACACAAAGCUGUUCCCCGCUGUGUUUGUUCGGCCCACCAGUCCAAACCUCUUCCAGUUCGAACUGGCGAAGAUCAAGAACACUAUGCCGCUAUCCUCAGCCAUCUUUAAGAGCGAGCACAAGAACCCGGUCCCUCAGUGUCCUCCCCGGCUGGAUGUCCAGACCAUUAAAGCAGUUCUGUGGAGCAGGAUGCCCAACACCUUCCUGAAGGUGGAGACGGCGCGGGUCAGUGAACGGCACGGCUGGCAGGUGCAGUGCAUCGAACCCCUGCAGAUGUUGGCUGUGCACAUACCUGAGGAGAACCGCUGUGUGGACAUCAUGGAGCUCUCUGAGCAGGAGGAUCUAUGCACGUUCCAUUACCACACGCUAAAGCUUUACUGCGCUCUCUGCGCCCUCGGCAACACACGCGUCGCCCACGCCCUCUGCAGCCACCUGGACCAAUCCCAGCUCCUCUACACCAUCGACAACCAGUACCUGUCGGGCAUGCUGCGAGAGGGCUUCUACAACGUUCUGAUCUGCAUCCAUCUGGAGACCGCCAAAGCUGCCCGUCUGAUGAUGAACAACGAGUUCAUCAUCCCCGUCACGCCAGAAACCCGCAGCAUCAAACUCUUCCCAGAUGCCUCCAAACACCACCAGCCUCCCGGUGUUGGGCUCAGCACGUCCCUAAAGCCCAAACUCAGCUUCGCUCCGCCCUGUUUCAUCAGCACCAAGCGGGACCAGCACCUCUACAGCCCUGAGAUCCCUCUGGACGUCCUGCGGGAGAAGGCCAUCAGCAUGCUGACGGAGGCCGUUCAGGGGGGAGGACACCACAUCCGAGACCCUGUAGGGGGCAGCGUGGAGUACCAGUUCGUGCCCAUUCUGAGACUGAUCAGCACGUUGUUAACCAUGGGCGUCUUCGCCAGUCAGGACGUUCACAUGAUCCUGCUCCUCAUUGAGCCGAACGUGUUCGGGGAGCAGAGGGAGGAUGGAGUCGGGGAGGCUACAGAGAAGGAGGGGGUGACGGGAGCGGAGGAGAAGGCGGUGGAGGCUGGAGAGGAGGAGGCGAAGGACAACAAGCAGCCCAUCAAGGGUCUGCUGGAGAAGAGAUUACCUGAGUCAGUCAAACGACAGAUGUGUGAACUUCUUCACUAUUUCUGUGAUUGUGAGCUGAGGCACCGUAUCGAGGCCAUCGUUUCAUUCUCUGAUACGUUUGUGGCAAAACUGCAGUACAACCAAAAGUUCCGGUACAAUGAGUUAAUGCUGGCUCUCAACAUGUCUGCGGCGGUCACCGCCAAGAAGACCAAAGAGUUCCGCUCCCCACCACAGGAACAGAUUAACAUGCUGUUGAACUUCAGUAUGGGGGAGGAUUGUCCGUGCCCUGAGGACAUACAGGAGGAGCUGUACGACUUCCACAAUGAGCUCAGUCUACACUGUGGUAUUCCUAUGGCGGAGGAGGAGGAGGAGCAGGACAUGUCUAUUAAAGGACGCCUGCUGGCUCUGGUGUACAAGAUCAAGGGACAGCCUCACAGAGCGGAGGAGAAACCAACAGAGAAAGAGGAGGCCACUCCGUCUAACCUGAAGGAGCUGAUCUCUCAGACGAUGGUGAGCUGGGCUCAGGAGACUCAUAUCCAGGACCCGGAGCUGGUGCGGGUGAUGUUCAGUCUGCUGCGGCGGCAGUACGACAGCAUCGGCGAGCUGCUGCGCGCCAUGCGGAAGAGCUACAGCAUCAGCGCCGCCUCCGUCCACGACACCAUCCACCUGCUGGCCUCCCUGGGCCAGAUCCGCUCGCUGCUCAGCGUCCGCAUGGGGAAGGAGGAGGAGCAGCUGAUGAUCGACGGCCUGGGUGACAUCAUGAACAACAAGGUUUUCUACCAGCACCCCAACCUGAUGAGAGUACUGGGCAUGCAUGAGACCGUGAUGGAGGUCAUGGUGAACGUCCUCGGGGGAGGCAAGUCUCAGGAAAUUGCGUUUCCGAAAAUGGUGGCCAGCUGCUGUCGUUUCCUGUGCUACUUCUGUCGAAUCAGCCGUCAGAACCAGAAGGCCAUGUUUGACCACCUGAGCUACCUGCUGGAGAACAGCAGCGUGGGUCUGGCAUCUCCAUCCAUGAGAGGCUCCACUCCUCUGGACGUAGCUGCUUCCUCCGUGAUGGAUAACAAUGGCCUUGCGCUUGCACUUGAGGAACCUGAUCUGGAUAAGGUAGUGACGUAUCUGGCCAGCUGUGGACUGCAGAGCUGCCCCAUGCUGCUUUCUAAAGGCUAUCCAGAUAUAGGCUGGAACCCGAUAGAGGGAGAGCGCUAUCUCUCCUUCCUCCGCUUUGCUGUCUUUGUCAACGGUGAGAGUGUGGAGGAGAACUCCAGCGUUGUUGUGAAGCUGCUGAUUCGUCGGCCGGAGUGUUUUGGCCCCGCCCUGCGUGGAGAAGGAGGGAACGGUCUGCUGGCAGCGAUGAAGGAGGCUAUUAAAAUAUCUGAGACGCCUGCGCUCGACCUGCCGUGCACCGCCCAGGGCCUUACUUCAGACACGUCUACAGAGGAUGAUGAAGAGGAAGAGGUGGUUCACAUGGGCAAUGCCAUCAUGUCCUUCUACUCAGCUCUCAUUGACCUGCUGGGACGCUGCGCUCCUGAGAUGCAUCUGAUCAAUAAGGGUAAAGGCGAGGCUCUGAGGAUCCGUGCGAUCCUGCGUUCUUUGGUGCCCACUGAAGACCUGGUUGGCAUCAUCAGCAUUCCACUGAAAAUGCCCGUCGCCAAUAAAGAUGGUAGCGUGACCGAGCCGGACAUGUCUGCAUGUUUCUGCCCCGACCACAAGGCCCCCAUGGUGCUGUUUCUGGACAGGGUUUAUGGGAUAGAGGACCAGAGCUUCCUGCUGCAUCUGCUGGAGGUGGGCUUCCUGCCUGACCUGCGGGCUGCUGCCUCUAUGGACACGGACGCUCUGAGGACCACAGAGACGGCUCUGGCUAUGAACCGGUACAUCGGUUCGGCCAUGCUGCCGCUGCUGACCCGCUGCGCUCCUCACUUCUCCGGUACCGAGCACCACGCCGCUCUCAUCGACUCAACACUUCACACCAUCUACCGCCUGUCCAAGGGCUCCUCCCUCACCAAGGCCCAAAGAGACGCCAUCGAGGAGUGCCUGCUCGCCGUCUGCAAGUAUUUAAGACCCUCCAUGCUUCAGCAGCUGCUGCGUCGCCUGGUGUUCGACGUGCCUCUGCUGUCUGAGUACUGCAAGAUGCCUCUCAAGCUUUUGACCAACCACUACGAGCAGAACUGGAAGUAUUACUGUCUGCCCUCUGGGUGGGGCAGUUAUGGGAUGGCCUCUGAAGAGGAGCUGCUUCUCACCAAGAAGAUCUUCUGGGGAAUAUUUGAUUCACUCUCGCAAAAGAAGUAUGAGCAGGAGCUGUUUAAGAUGGCCAUGCCGUGUCUGAGUGCUAUAGCUGGAGCUUUACCCCCGGACUACGUGGACUCAUCUCUCAGCACCACACUGGAGAAACCCGUCUCAGUGGACGCCCAGGGCAACUUCGACCCCAGACCCAUCAGCACCUCCAACAUUUCCCUCCCUGAGAAGCUGGAGUACAUCGCUAACAAGUACUCGGAGCACUCCCAUGACAAAUGGUCCGCUGAGAAGGUUAUUCUGGGAUGGAAGUACGGAGAUGGCAUUGACGAGAAAGCAAAGACUCACCACAUGCUGAGAUCUUACAAGUCACUCACAGAGAAGGAAAAGGAAGUGUACCGCUUUCCAGUAAAGGAGUCUUUAAAGAGCAUGCUGGCUAUGGGCUGGAACAUCGACAGAACCAAAGAGGGGGAGACCAUGUUUCAGCAGCGGGAGAACGAGAAGCUACGCAAAAUCUCUCAGGUCUCUCAGGGUAGUGGCUUCAACCCAAGCCCAAUAGACAUGAGUAACGUCCUCCUGUCUCGAGAACUGCAGGCCAUGGUGGAGGUGCUGGCAGAAAACUACCACAACAUUUGGGCCAAGAAGAAGAAGAGUGACCUUGGAGCAAAAGGUGGAGGAACACAUCCUCUGUUGGUGCCGUAUGAUACUCUCACAGCCAAAGAGAAAGCAAGAGACAGAGAGAAAGCUCAGGAACUGUUCCGCUUCCUGCAGAUCAAUGGCUAUGCUAUUACCAGGGGUUUAAAAGACAUGGAGCAGGACUCUUCCUCCAUGGAGAAAAGGUUUGCCUAUAAAUUCUUGAAGAAGCUGCUGAAAUAUGUGGACUCAGCGCAGGAGUUCAUUGCACACCUAGAGGCGAUGGCGUCCAGCGGAAAGAACGACAGAUCACCUCAUGAGCAAGAAAUCAAGUUUUUUGCCAAGGUUCUUCUGCCUCUAAUAGAUCAAUACUUCAAGAACCACUCGCUCUACUUCCUCUCCUCACCCAGCAAGAACCUCAGCAGCAGCGGCUACGCCUCCAACAAGGAGAAGGAGAUGGUCACCAGUCUGUUCUGUAAGCUGGCAGCUCUUGUCAGACACAGGAUUUCUCUCUUUGGAAGUGACUCGGCCACAAUGGUGAGCUGCCUUCAUAUCCUGGCUCACACCCUGGAUACCAGGACAGUGAUGAAGUCGGGCUCUGAGCUGGUGAAGGCGGGUUUGAGGACGUUCUUCGAGAACGCAGCGGAGGAUCUGGAGAAGACCCUGGAGAAUCUGAAGCUGGGAAAGUUCACGCACUCCCGCAGCCAGAUGAAGGGUGUGUCUCAGAACAUCAACUACACCACAGUGGCUCUCCUGCCCAUCCUCACGGCCCUGUUUGAACACAUCACUGAGCAUCAGUUCGGAGUCGACCUGCUACUGGAUGAUGUCCAGGUAUCUUGCUAUCGAAUCCUGACCAGUCUUUAUUCACUUGGAACUGGGAAAAACAUCUAUGUUGAAAGACAGCUUCCAGCUCUGGGGGAGUGUUUGGCCACCCUGGCAGGAGCCAUGCCCGUAGCCUUUUUAGAGCCUCACCUGAAUUCACACAACCCCUGCUCAGUCUUCAACACCAAGACCGCUCGGGAACGAGCCAUCUUAGGCAUGCCGGACUCUGUAGAAGAGAUGUGUCCUGAAGUUCCUCGGCUGGACUGCCUGAUGAAGGACAUUAAUGACAUGUCUGAGUCUGGAGCUCGCUACACUGAGAUGCCGCAUGUGAUUGAGGUGGUGCUGCCCAUGCUCUGUAACUAUUUAUCCUACUGGUGGGAGAGAGGACCCGAGAAUCAGCCGAAGAGCUCAGCGACCGUCUGCAGCACUACAGUCACCUCUGAACACCUCAGCGUCAUACUGGGCAACAUCCUCAAAAUCCUCAACAGCAAUCUGGGCAUCGAUGAGGCUUCCUGGAUGAAGAGGAUAGCAGUGUACGCCCAGCCAAUCAUCAGCAAGGCCAGAGCAGACCUUCUGAAGACACACUUCCUCCCCACACUGGAGAAGCUGAAGAAGAAGACGGUGAAGGUGGUGGCAGAGGAAGAGCUGUUGAAGGCUGAUGGGAAGGGAGACACCCAGGAGGCGGAGCUUCUGAUCCUGGAUGAGUUCGCUGUGCUGUGCAGGGAUCUGUAUGCCUUCUACCCAAUGCUGAUUCGCUAUGUGGACAACAACAGGUCCCGGUGGCUGAAAGAGCCUGACCCCGACUCCAACGAGCUCUUCAGGAUGGUGGCAGAGAUCUUCAUACUCUGGUGCAAAUCCCACAAACAGUGGAAGAAAUGCAUAUCCCCUCUUGUUAAUUCAAAGCAGAACUUUAAGCGAGAGGAGCAGAACUUUGUGGUUCAGAACGAGAUCAACAACCUCUCCUUCCUGACCGGAGACAGCAAGACCAAGAUGGCAAAGUCGUUUCUGCCGAAGGCAGGAGGACAGGAUCAGGAGAGGAAGCAUAAGAAGCGGCGUGGUGAGUUUUACUCCAUCCAGACCUCGCUGAUCGUGGCCGCACUGAAGAAGAUGCUGCCCAUCGGCCUCAACAUGUGCACACCCGGCGACCAGGAGCUCAUCUCAUUGGCUAAGACUCGCUACAGCCUGAAAGAUACUGAUGAAGAGGUCAAGGAGCAUUUGAGGCAGAAUAUGCAUCUGCAGGAGAAGACGGAAGACCCUGCAGUGAGGUGGCAGCUGAACCUGUAUAAGGAUGUUGUGGUGAGGAAUGAAGGCCCGCCUGAUCCUGAGAGAACGGUGGACCGUCUGCAGACCAUCUCUGCUGCUGUGUUUCAUCUGGAGCAGGUGGAGCAGCCGCUGAGAUCCAAAAAGUGUGUAUGGCAGAAGCUCCUGUCGAAGCAGCGUAAGCGCGCCGUAGUGGCCUGUUUCCGAAUGGCACCAUUAUACAACCUGCCUAGGCAUCGUUCUAUUAACCUGUUCCUCACGGGCUAUCAGAGAAUAUGGAUAGAGACAGAGACCUACUCUUUUGAGGAGAAACUAGUGCAGGAUCUGGCAAGAACACAGCGGAAAGCAGAGGAGGAGGAAGAGGAGGUAGCGGAGGAACAGCCAGACCCUCUUCAUCAGCUCAUCCUGCAUUUUAGUCAUAAUGCUCUGACAGAGAGAAGUUCCCUAGAAGAGGAUCCACUGUACAUCGCAUAUGCAGACAUGAUGGCAAAGAGCUGUGCUGAAGAUGAAGAAGAUGAGGAUGAGGAAGGGAAAGAAAAAACCUUUGAGGAAAAGGAAAUGGAGAAACAGAAGACUCUGUAUCAGCAGGCCAGAUUACACGACAGAGGCGCUGCUGAGAUGGCCUUACAGAUGAUCAGUGCCAGCAAAGGUCGACUGGGUCCCAUGGUAACUUACACUCUGAAGCUGGGCAUUUCUGUUUUGAACGGUGGAAACAUUAUAGUUCAGCAGAAAAUGCUGGACUAUCUGAAGGAGAAGCGAGAUGCUGGCUUCUUUAAGAGUCUGUCUGGACUAAUGCAGUCAUGCAGUGUUCUGGACCUGAAUGCAUUUGAGCGGCAGAACAAAGCUGAAGGUCUGGGCAUGGUGACUGAGGAGGGCUCAAUCAACGUGAGGGAGCGGGGUUCCAAGGUGCUCCAGAAUGAUGAGUUCACUAAAGACCUCUUUAGGUUCCUGCAGCUGCUCUGUGAAGGCCACAACAAUGAUUUCCAGAACUUUUUGAGGACACAGACUGGAAACACAACUACUGUCAACAUAAUCAUAAGCACAGUGGAUUAUCUUCUCAGGCUGCAGGAAUCCAUCAGUGAUUUUUACUGGUAUUAUUCGGGUAAAGAUAUCAUGGAUGAAGCCGGUCAGCGUAACUUCUCUAAAGCCCUGGCUGUGGCCAAGCAGAUCUUUAACUCCCUCACUGAAUACAUCCAGGGUCCAUGUAUAGGCAACCAGCAGAGUUUGGCUCACAGUAGGUUAUGGGAUGCUGUAGUUGGCUUUUUGCACGUCUUCGCCAACAUGCAAAUGAAGCUCUCACAGGACUCCAGCCAGAUCGAGCUGCUGAAGGAGCUGAUGGAUCUGCAGAAGGACAUGAUCGUCAUGUUGCUCUCCCUUCUGGAAGGUAACGUUGUCAAUGGAACCAUUGGCAAACAGAUGGUGGACACUUUGGUGGAAUCCUCCAGCAACGUUGAGAUGAUUCUCAAAUUCUUCGACAUGUUUCUGAAGCUGAAAGACCUCACCACCUCCGACAGUUUCAAGGAGCACGACUCUGACAGCAAAGGCGUCAUCUCCAAGAGAGAGUUCCAGAAGUCGAUGGAGAGUCAGAAGCAGUACUCUCAGUCUGAGAUCGAGUUCCUGCUGUCGUGCGCCGAGGCGGACGAGAACGACAUGUUUAACUACGUCGAGUUCGUCAAGCGCUUUCACGAGCCCGCCAAGGACAUCGGAUUUAACGUGGCCGUGCUCCUCACCAACCUGUCGGAACACAUGCCGCACGACUCCCGCUUAGCCACCUUCCUGAGCCUGGCCGAGAGCGUUCUCAGUUACUUCGAGCCGUACCUGGGGCGCAUCGAGAUCAUGGGCGGUGCCAAGAGGAUCGAGAGGGUUUACUUCGAGAUCAGCGAGUCCAGCAGAACUCAAUGGGAAAAGCCGCAGGUAAAAGAGUCCAAGCGGCAGUUCAUUUUUGACGUGGUGAACGAAGGCGGAGAAUCGGAGAAGAUGGAACUCUUCGUGAACUUUUGCGAGGACACCAUCUUCGAGAUGCAGCUGGCCUCUCUGAUCUCUGAACCCGACGCCGUAGAGCGAACCGAAGAAGACAAUGAAGACUCUCAGAGCGUAGCUGAAGAACCAGAGGAAGAAGAGGAAAGAACGUUGGAGUCUUUCUCGGCGUUCACCAUGGCUUGUUUCUCUGUGAAGAAGAACCUGUGCAGCCUUCGUAAGCUGCUGACCUUCAGGAGCGUGAAGAAGCACUACAAGAAGUUCCGGAAGAUGAGCGUGAGGGAGAUGAUUCGCGGCUUCUUCUCCUUCUUUUGGAUGAUCUUCGUUGGCGUCUUUCGGUUCCUCUACAACCUGGUCUGGGGCUUCUUCCACAUCCUGUGGACCACCCUGUUUGGCGGAGGGCUGGUGGAAGGCGCCAAGAACAUGAAGGUGACGGACAUCCUGGGCAACAUGCCGGACCCCACGCAGUUCGGUAUCCAUGGAGACGUUCUGGAGGCCGAGAAGCUGGAGGCGAGCGAGGCGUGUUUGGUGGCGGAAAUGGACCAGAUGGUGGAAGGAGACCAAGUGGAAAUGGACCUCAUGUCGGAGCUGAUGAGUUUUCAGCAGAAGAAAGAGGGGGGCAAGCACGGGGCCGAGCCUGGGCUGGGGGACGUCUCUGAAGUGGUCGGAGUGGACUCUCCGUCUCUAGCUGCUGCAGUGCGUCAGAAAAAAGCCCAGGAAGCUGCGAGCAAGAAGGCAGACGAAAGUGAAUUUAAAACAGAAUCAGAAAAGACAGAUUCAGAGGACGGGGAGAAGAAGGACCCGGAUAAGGGUAAAGAAGGUUCUCUUGUAGAAUCUUCAUCAAAUGAAGGGAAAAAGCCGCUGAAGAGGAGACUCGGGCAGAAGAAAGAGGAACCAGAGGCUUUUAUGGGCAGCUUUUUCGCUGGUCUGGACAUUUAUCAGACUAAGAUGCUGAACUACCUGGCCCGCAACUUCUACAACCUGCGAUUCCUGGCUCUGUUUGUGGCGUUCGCCAUCAACUUCAUCCUGCUUUUCUACAAGGUGACGGGUGAGGACUCGGAGGAGGUGGACCCGUGGACGGGGAGAGGAGAGGAGGAGGACGGCGGCGUGGAGUAUUUUGUUCUGCAGGAAAGCACUGGAUACAUGGCGCCUACACUGCGCUUCUUAGCUGUACUGCACACGCUCAUCUCCUUCCUGUGUGUGGUGGGAUAUUACUAUCUGAAGGUGCCUUUGGUGGUUUUUAAGCGGGAGAAGGAAAUCGCCAGGAAGCUGGAGUUUGAUGGCCUUUACAUCACCGAGCAGCCUUCAGAUGAUGACAUCAAAGGGCAAUGGGACAGGCUUGUGAUUAACACACCAUCCUUUCCCAAUAAUUACUGGGACAAGUUUGUUAAACGCAAGGUAAUUAAUAAGUAUGGAGAUCUGUAUGGAGCAGAGCGGAUUGCCGAGCUUCUCGGUCUCGACAAGAGCGCUCUGGACUUCAACCCCACUGAAGAGGCCAUCGCAAAAGAGGCUUCCCUCGUCUCCUGGUUAAGUUCCAUCGACACCAAAUAUCAUAUCUGGAAGAUGGGUGUGGUGUUUACGGACAAUUCUUUCCUGUACCUGGUGUGGUACACCACUAUGUCCAUCCUGGGGCACUAUAACAACUUCUUCUUCGCUGCUCACCUGCUGGACAUCGCCAUGGGCUUCAAGACCUUGAGGACCAUCCUCUCCUCAGUCACGCACAACGGCAAACAGCUGGUGCUGACUGUGGGUCUGCUGGCCGUGGUGGUGUAUCUGUACACUGUGGUGGCCUUCAACUUCUUCCGCAAGUUCUACAACAAGAGUGCAGACGAAGACGAGCCAGACAUGAAGUGUGAUGAUAUGAUGACGUGCUAUCUGUUCCACAUGUAUGUGGGUGUGCGUGCUGGUGGUGGAAUAGGUGAUGAGAUUGAAGACCCAGCAGGGGACCCUUAUGAGCUGUACCGCAUCCUCUUCGACAUCACCUUCUUCUUCUUUGUCAUCGUCAUCCUUCUGGCCAUUAUCCAAGGUUUGAUAAUUGAUGCCUUUGGAGAGCUGAGAGAUCAGCAGGAGCAGGUGAAAGAGGACAUGGAGACUAAAUGUUUUAUCUGUGGGAUCGGAAACGACUACUUCGACACUACUCCUCACGGUUUUGAGACACACACCUUACAAGAGCACAACUUGGCCAACUACCUGUUUUUCCUCAUGUACCUUAUAAACAAGGAUGAAACCGAGCACACAGGCCAGGAGUCUUAUGUGUGGAAGAUGUACCAGGAGCGAUGCUGGGACUUCUUCCCAGCUGGAGACUGCUUCCGGAAGCAGUACGAGGACCAGCUGGGCUAGCGCGGCCGCGUUUCCAAACCCACCAGCCUCUCUAAACGAGUGGAGAGCCGCACACCAACUGCUCGCUCUCUUUUCUUUUUUUUUCCGCAUUCAAACCACUGACAUUUUCCUAAACGCCCAAAAAGAAUCGGCCUUCUCUUUUACUCACCAACUCAGAGGAGGAGUUCGGAUGCCAGUAUUUCUUUUUCUACUGAAGAACUGAUACAGAAACGAUACAUCAGCAUCUCAAGUCCCAAUUGUUACCUCGGUUAACAGUGCCAAUGUAGAGACUGUCUUGUUAUAAUCAAGCCCAGAUCUUGGGACUGAUAUAUAUAUAUAUAUAUAUUUUUUUUUUUUU